GGAAUGAGUGGGUGGGUUGUUCAUUUGGAUCAGUACCGUCUUUCAUUACAUGAAGGUGGCAAGUGGCGACCCUAUGAGAACGCUGGAGAAAUUGCUUGAUACGGGCGCUAACCGAUCGAAGGCCCGAGCCGAGGAAAUGAUGGACAGCCUGUAUACGACCAUUCUGAAGAAGUGUAAUCGGAAGGACGAAGAUUUUGUGCAUGACUGCCAUGCCCCAUUGUGAUGGGAGCAAUCUUGGUUGCGCAACAGCCAUUGUCAGUUAGGGCUUGGGAUGCCAUACUAUCACCACUCCUUAAGUCUUCCAUACAUCACACAUUAGCCGAACUUGCACCCCUCCUCUUAGGGGUUAGGGAACCUGAUGAGCCAAUUCGUAUUUUACAUCAAUCAUUCCACGAUUUCCUCAUAGACCGAACUGAACCAGAAUCCUCAGCACUUCAUCGUUAUCUGGUGGAUACGAAAAGGGAAAAUAUCCGAGUGGCCCUGCAUUGCGUUGAGACCUUGAAUGAGGAUCUUUGCCGUCUGGACGGUUUGGGGUUAAUCCAAAAGUUGCCGGAAAAGGUCGAACUGUCCCCCAUUCCUCCAGAAACGCUGGCCGAACACUUCCGUUACGCGUGUUGGCAUGUUCAACUCACACGCUGGGUGGAAGUCUGUGUGAGGGGAUGGAAGGAUACAUCAGUAUAUCUUCGUUCCCUGAAUGGGCUAAGUUGAGUAGUGAUGUGGGUUCAAAGGAAAGAGAUGCAGAAGUUGGCCC